AAAAUAAGGUCGGCUUCAGCUUGCCAGCGGUGAGCUCUCAUGGCUCGCCAGUCGAGAUCAAACCGUCGCGGGAUUCAGUCGAACGAAAUCGAGCAGCAACCAUGGUUUACGAAAGUGACUUUUAUACGACGCGUCGGCCUUACAGGUCCAACUACAGCGUGACGCCGUUGAUGUCUACGUACUACCUAUCUUCACUUCUACCAGCAUACAGUAUUCCGUACGUCACAUAUAUACCCAAGCUGUCUCAGGCUGAGUUAAUAUAUCGCCCGACUUCUCGCACGGUCACUCGGCUCGUCACGUACCCAGAGCCCCCGCACCACGUGGUGAGGGUCCGGGUGCGACCCUCCGUGAUCCUUCGAGAGCUCGACCGCAUCGCCUACCGCCGCAGACCAGCGCUGGCUGUCUCUGCUCUUGAUGACUACUACCGCUCCGAAUCGACGAAGGCAUUUGAAGACGAAACGCGCCGCAUCCGGGCAGACACUGCUUCUUUACUGCUAAGAGCUCGCUCCGCAGCGCCGCGUGCUAAAACUCUUGCUCCUUUAGAUACGAUCUACUCGUAUUCAUACGGAGAACCUGUCCCAUACCGCUUCAGCAGCGAUGCAUACAUUGCCAAAUUACUUUUGCCCCUACGAAGUGUUGCUGACAAUAUCAACCACAUUUCCUAUUACCAUGAACCCGCCAAGAAGUUCACAGGACGUGGCCACCUCGCGUGCGUGCAUUACUCCGGCAGUAAGGCCUUCUCCAACCGCAGACCCCUCUACAAGGAACUGAGUAUCCGGGAUGACGUGAAUCUUCUAUCUUUUUACGCGAAGAACAGACUCGCGGCCUCCGGAUUGGCCGUUGAGAAUGCAACAGUGAAGCUGCUCCCGUGGAGGCCCAGCCGCAAGUUCCAGGCACCAAAGGCUAUGGAAGACCCUGGUGUUGAGCUCAAAGCUGCGAAGGCCGAACGUGAAGCGCGUUUCCGCGCAUCCACCGCUGAGCCUGUUCUUGCACCAUCAGUAGACCUUGCUGAAAUUAAGAGGAAGCGGCAAGAAGAAGCGCGAGCUGCUGAAGAAAAAGCUCUGAAAGAAGAAGCAAAACGUGAAGCCGAGCGCAAAGCACAGGAAGAAGCAGCUGAAAGUAAACGGGCUGCAGAGGAAGCGCGUAAAGCAGAAGAAGAAGCACGUAAAGCAGAAGAAGAAAGGUUAGCCGAAGAGGCUAGAUUAGCAGAAGAAGCAAGGAUCCAAGAAGAGGCAAGACUGGCCGAGGAGGCUAGAAUUGCUGAAGAGGCUAGAUUGGCCGAGGAAGCCAGAUUAGCUGAAGAAGAGAGAAUAGCACAAGAAGCUAAACUAGCUGAAGAAGCGAGACUAGCUGAGGAAGCUAGAUUAGCUGAAGAGGCCAGACUAGCUGAAGAAGAGAGACUAGCUGAGGAAGCUAGAUUAGCCGAAGAGGCUAAACUAGCUGAAGAAGCUAGAUUAGCUGAAGAAGCACGGCAAGAAGAAGAGUUAGCAGAACAAAGGAGACAAGAGGAGCUUGCGAAACUAGAAGAAUUAGAAAGGCAAGCCCAAGAAGAUCGUGAAGCUGAACUGGCAAGACAGGCUGCAGAAUUGGCUGAAAUAGCAAGACAAGAAUCAGAGCUCGCUGCAGCUAGAUUAGAAGAACUGUCCCGAAGUGGUUCUGCUGCUGACGUCAUUGACGAAGAGACAAACGGAGAACCGGAAACAGAAGAGGAACCAAUCGUUGAAGAACCUGAAAGCCCCGAAGUCAUCCCCGAUGCCGUUGAAAGUGCAGAUCAAGCUGCCGAAGUUAGUGACGAUGAGAACGCCGAACCCGACGUAACGGAUGAAGAAUAAUUAUAAAAUAAACUACAACCACCUCCUUGGUUGUGGUUAGGUCUUAGUGACAUUCUGUUGUGCAUUUUUCUCUAACUUAGUUUUUAAGCUAGACUAUGUGUCAUUCAUAUCCUUUUUUGUUAUUUUGAAUGAUAUGCUAGUUUUUGAUCGUUGACUGUAUCACUCAUAUGCGUAAUAUAUUUACGUAUGAAAGAGUGAACAAUAUAAAAUUGAUAAUUGCCACUGUCAAAUAUUGUUUGAUUAACCGAGUUCCAUUAACUAUUAUAUUUUAUUCUUGUUAUGUUUAUAUUUUAACAAUAAAAGACAUGUUUAAA